UUCUAAAAUAAACUAGGUUAGAUUUCGUCAAAUUUUUAGGUUAUAUUCAAGAUAAAAAUUCAUUUCAUUUUGUAUAAAACUCCACGCAAUUAUCCUUUUAAAUUAUGAUCAAUUAAGGAUUUUCCUUAAAAAGAAAUGAAUCGUCGAGUCGUCGUUACUGGUUUAGGAGUCUUAUCUCCUGUUGGAAAUACAGUAAAAGAAGCAUGGUUAAACAUCACAUCAGGAAAAUCCGGAAUUUCAAAAUUGGAGGGACCUGAAUACAGUCACCUACCCUGUCGAAUAGCGGGAUUAAUCAAAGAAAAUGGCUCCAGAAUAGACUUAACCAAGCAUUUUAGUAAAUCUGAAUUAAAAUCAAUAAGUCCUGCAACAGCUUUUGCUUUAUAUGCAGUAAAAGAAGCAUUAACAGAGGCUGGGUUGUUAGAAUUAACAGAAGAAGAAAAAACAAAUAUAGGUGUUGCUGUAGGAAUGGGAAUGGUAGAUUUAACAGAUAUUUGUGAUACAAACGCGUCGUUUAAUAAAAGUUACAAACAAGUCAGUCCAUUUUUUGUGCCAAGAAUUUUGGCAAAUAUGGCGGCAGGUCAAAUUAGUAUAAAAUAUGGUUUUAGAGGUCCAAACCAUUCAGUUUCAACAGCUUGUGCAACAGGAGCACACGCGAUUGGAGAUUCGUUUCGAUUCAUUCGUAAUGGUGAUGCAGAUGUAAUGAUUUGUGGUGGUACCGAAGCUUGUAUAUCACCACUUUCAAUUGCUGCAUUUUGUAGAUUAAGAGCUUUAAGCACUUCUUAUAAUGAUCAACCUGAAAAAGCAUCAAGACCAUUUGAUAAAGGUCGUGAAGGAUUUGUGAUGGGCGAAGGAAGCGCUAUAUUAGUACUUGAAGAAUUAGAGCAUGCUUUAAAAAGACAAAAAAAUAAUAAAUUUCCAAUUUAUGCGGAAAUUUUAGGCUAUGGGUUAUCUGGUGAUGCUUCACAUUUAACAGCACCAAGAGGUGAUGGAACAGGAGCUAUGUUUGCAAUGGAAAGAGCAAUAAGGGAUGCAAAAAUUAACAAAGAAAUGAUUGGUUAUGUUAAUGCACAUGCUACUUCAACUCCACUUGGUGAUGGAAUUGAAGCAAAAGCGAUAGAACAUUUGUUUGGGGAUGGAAAAAAAGUGAAGGUUUCUUCAACAAAAGGUGCUCAUGGACAUUUAUUAGGAGCUGCUGGAAAUUUGGAGGCUUUAUUCACAGUUAAAGCAGUACAAGAAGGAAUUAUUCCCCCAACUAUAAAUUUAGAGAGCCCAGAAGAAUCUCACUUGGAUUUUGUGAAUGGGAAAAAUACAAAAUGGGAUGGAACGAAUCGGAGAAUUGCGCUUAAAAAUGCUUUCGGAUUUGGCGGAACUAAUGCUAGUUUAUGUAUUGGACAAUAUGUUAGUUAAUAAAAUAUAGUUUAAAUACAAAAAAUAAAUCAAUCCA